AUGAAACCAACGGUAGAUGCUAAGCCAGCCGAAUUUAUCGCGGCACUGGAAGCCAUGCCAGUGCGAACCAGCGCAACCGACGAGGCGAAGCACACAGUGCGCCAAAAAGUCACCUCAUUAAUGGCGAACAUGCCCAGCAAUAACAUGUCACCGGCGGGAGAAGAGGCGAUGAAGAGAUUCAAAAUGAACAAAGAUAUAAUAGUGUCACCGGCCGACAAGGGAAGAGCAACGGUCGUGAGCAACGCGAAAGCACAAGCCCUCCUCGAUGACCAGUAA